UGUCGAUGAACAGUAGGACAAAUAAAGCAGCUAGAAGUUUCUUUGCAGAGAGGGCCUUUGCUCCGGGCUGGAAGGGCAGGAUUGGCAGGGAGGAGGCAGGCAGCUGAGAGCUGAACUGCUGUAUUGGACUGGAAUCCAAACCCGGCAAAAACAGCAGUCUCAUUCUUUCAUUUUAAUUCUCCUAUCGGCAGUCUCCGAUUUUCCCCUGGAGCUGGACAAGAAAACAGGAACAGCCCUGGGGACGCUGCCGCUGCCCACCCCGAGCGGCCGGGGAGCAGCGCUGCCCAGCAGGGGCUGCAUUUCUCGCUCAUCAUGUCUUGCUCGGCCCUCCGACGGGGCUGGCUCUGCCUGGCGCUGGUAGGCUCCUCCUUCGGCACUUUCCUCUGCUCCAGGGGAAAGAGCGGACAGCGCUUUGCUUGCUUGUGAGGAACAGACUGCAGCGCGGGGCUAGCGGGCGGGACGGGGCCCGGGGAAUGCGAGCACGAGGGGCAAGUUGCAAGCCUGGCGGAAAUAAAAGUUCCAGUCUAGUGAAGAAGCAGCUAAACAACACGAUGGUUUCGGCGUGGGUGCGGGAGGAAGAGAUGCUCCGCGACUCCGGUUCGGCCCCGGAGCGGAGUGGCCCGUGCUGCCCCGGGGCGCGCGAGGCUCGGCCGUGGGGCGGAACGGGGAACCGACACGCGGGGAACAGACACACGGGAACGGACACAUGGACACGCGGACCAACGCUCCCGGCGCUUCGGCAGCAGCGGCAGCAGCAGCAGCGGCAGCGGCAGCAGCGGAAGAGCAGCGAUUCCACUGACCCUCUGCGUCCCUUCUCUUGUUCCUCCACUCCCUUUCCCGCUGUCCCACAUUCUGUCUCGGUGUCCUGCAGCCUUUCCCACUGUUCCCUUCCCGGUCUUCCCCUCCCCUCUCGGUGUCCCCGUCCCGGCCCCUCCCUCUCCCCGUGCCCAGUCGCGCCAUGCCCCCGGCCCGUCCCCGGGAGGGGCUGCCCCGUCCCCGUCCCCGUCCCCGUCCCCGUCCCCGUCCCCGUCCCCGUCCCCGUCCCCGUCCCCGUCCCCGUCCCCGUCCCCGCCCGUCCCGCCGCGGUGUCGCCUCCGCCCGGCUCUGGCUGUACUGGCGGUGGCGCUGCUGGGCGGGCAUCAGUGCCUGGGGCUGCGGCGGCUUCGCCUCCCUUUGGCUCCGCCUGGCCCGAGCCCGGUCCCGGCCCCGACGCGGGGUCCAGUCCCGGCCCCGGCCCCGGCUCCUCCCAGGGCCCGCGGAGGACACACGCAGCGCGGCCCCUCCCGCCGCCUCCGCGGCGGCUUCCCCAGCCCGAGCUCCGCCGCUCGGCAGCGCGGCCGCCGGCCCCGAGCCGCCGGGGCUCGGGGCGGGGGGGGAUGCUCGGCCCGGGGCGCUCGGGGAGCGCUCGGGGGCCGUGUCUGGCCCCGGGCUGAACGCUGACGGCUGCGUGUCGCCCGCAGGGGAGGCGCAGGAGGCCCUGCAGGAGCGGUACCGGCUGGGUUCGCUGCUGGGCAGCGGCGGCUUCGGCAGCGUCUUCUCGGGGACGCGCCUCGCGGACGGCGCCCCGGUGAGUGGCGGGGCCGCCGGCGGGCGGAGGAGGGCGGAGGAGGAGGUAGAGGAGGACGCCGGGGCGCGGCGGAGCGGGCGGCAAGCUGAGCCCGCUGCUGCCCCUUGCUCGCAGGUGGCCAUCAAAUGCGUGCCACGGGAUCGCAUCCGGCACUGGGGCGAGCUGCCCAACGGCGCCCGUGCGCCCCUGGAGAUCGUGCUGCUGGCCAAGGUGUCCUCUGGAUGUGCUGGUGUCAUUCAGCUCCUGGAGUGGGUUGAGCUGCCCAACAGCUUCUUGUUGGUGCUGGAGCGUCCGGAGCGGUGCCAGGACCUCUCGCGUGUGCUGGCGGAGCGGAGGUUCCUGCCGGAGGACGAGGCGCGGGGGCUGUUCCGCCAGGUGCUGGAGGCCGUGCGGCACUGCACCAGCUGCGGGGUCCUGCACAGGGACAUCAAGCCCGAGAACAUCCUGCUCGACCUGGCCACUGGGCAGCUGAAACUGAUUGACUUUGGCUGUGGCGCCUUCCUCCAAGACACAGCCUACACCCAGUUUGCAGGAACUCUGUCCUACAGCCCGCCAGAGUGGAUCCACCACCAACGCUACCAUGGCGAGGCAGCAACGAUCUGGUCCCUGGGCCUCCUGCUGUACCACCUGGUCAUGGGGAAGCACCCGUUCAGGAGGGGCCAGGAGAUCAUCUGGGGGCGAAUCUUGUUCCCACGACGGCUCUCUCAAGAGUGCCAAGAUAUUAUUAAGAGGUGUUUGUCCAUGCAACCCUUGGACAGGCCAUCCUUGCAAGACCUUUUCCGCCAUCCUUGGCUGCAGGGUGUUCAUCUGCCCUAGAAGAUGGGAGAGAUCCACGUGCACAGUUGCAUCCAAAGACCUGGCAGGGCAAGAGAAGGAGUCCCUGGAGAAGCUGUACCAGGUGGGGUUGCUGCUGGAGACACCAAGGACAACCUCAAGGACAGCAAUCUCUUUCUCAACCUGGCCAGCUGAAGAUGAUGGGCUUUGAUUCUGGCACCUUGUUCACAGACAUGCUCUGCGCCUAGUUUGCAACCGGACUCUGCGGAUGCUGAGGCUGCUCUGGGCUCUGCCAGGGCUCUGCUGGGCUCAGCCCUGGGCACGGCUGGGCCUGCUCUGCCCUCGCAUUGCUCUGACAGCUUUGCAUCAGAUGAGCCCGUUCCAAGCACACCACCUGAGCUUUCUGCUUUGCAGAAGUGCCACGAGUGGGCAAAACCUGGCAAGCAGGUCAUGUUCCUUAGGCAGUGCAGUCUGGAGCCGAUGGAUGGAGAAUUGCCCUUCUGCACUCCCAAACCAAGCAAAAAGCUAAAACAUGCCAUAAAAUAGGAGUGUCCUCUGUUCCUGGUUCCCGUGUGGAGCAGCUCCUUCCCACUGGCUGAGCUGUUCAGGCAGAGCAGUCUCUGGAAGAGACUCACAGGCUUCCUGUUUGCUGUGCUGCCCCACUUGUGCCCAGCCAGCUCCAUGUGGGGCAGAGGGAGAACAAGGGGCAGCUCCCUCCCAGCCCCCAGCCCAGGGACCCCCGGGGCUUGGGGCACUGUCAGCACCCGCUGCUCCAGCCACCACUUCUACUGGCACUGACAGCAGCACCCAAAUUGUGGCUGAUCCCAAGGGAGCAGCAGCAGUGCCUGGAUCUGAUCCCUGACUCUGAGACAGGGCUGGACAAAUGACCCCCACAGCAGCAGCAGCAGCAGCAGCAGCAGCACAUGGACCUGACUUUCAGCACAGCCCCUGCCACCCUUCUCUCCCAUGUGCAGUGGUAUCACAGCAGCCUGGGGCACCUGGGAGCCCGCAGUGCCAGCAGGGACUUGAGAUGGCAGCCCUGGGCUCCUGGAGGUUCUGCAGGAAACAGAGGUGGGGACUCCCUCUGCAUGUGGAGCUUCCAGAUGGAAAAGGCUGCUGUGAGCAGGCAGCUGCAAGGACAGAGAAAGGAGGGGCUGGAGCCCUUGAUCUGUGCCAGUUCCACAGCCCUGGGCAGCAGCCACCGAGCCCCGGGGGAACAGAGGGCACAGCAAGAGGGACAAAACCAGUCAAGGUCAGAGACUGGGAAGAGCAGGAGCUGAGAGCAGGAACAGCUGCUUCACUGCACCCUUGGAGAAAGCUCUUGGCUGGUUCAAAGUGCUGGAAGGUGUGAAGGGCAGAGAGGAGACCACACCAAACAAUGCUCCUGUUUUCAUAGCCUCCCCUCUCAGCGUCCCAGAAGGAAUUGGAUGAACUGUAUUCUUCUCUCCAAGUCGUCUUGUUCAGCAUGAGCAGCUUAGCACCAGGAGCUAAAGGAGCUGAAGCUUUAGGCCACAAGAGCUGACCAAGAGGGGACUUUUGGACCUAAGUAAUGCUGCCAACAUGGACCUGACUGAAUCCAGCAGAUGGAAUCCUGGAAUUAUAGAACCCUUUCUGUUGGGAAAGACGUCUGAGCUCAUGCAGUCCAGCCGUUCACCCAGCACUGCCAAGCCCAAUCGUGUCCCUGAAUUGCCGAGGCCUGAGUGAGGCCUGAACAACAGGCCCUGAGCCAAAGGUGACCUCUGGAUGAAGCUUCCUGCCAAAGUUUGUCUUUGUAUCCACUCAUUACUGAAGCACGCAUGAUUAUUAGCAUUGUGAUAGAUGUAUCCACUCCUUAGUGAAACAGUAUUGACCUUUCUGUAUUUAGAAGCUGGCCAAGGCCACAAAAUCCGACAUCUGGCCUUGUUUGUGGGUGUAUGGUCGAAGUCAGCUCCCUUGGUUCCUCCUUGAGCCCUGGCCAGGCUUUGGGAGGGACCCAAGAGGAGAAUGAAACCAAGCGUUCCCACACUAGAAGUGCUGUCAGUUUGUUUAUUCAGCACUAUCAAAGCAUCCAAAAGUUGCAUUUCAGAAAAGGAAAAGAACUUGUGUGGUUUGGGAAGACAGAGAUGUCUUUUUGUGUGUUACUGUGAAAAAUACAGUGAAUAAGACUUAAGGGUUUUUCAUAUACCAGACUAUCCACAAGCUGCAGGAUUGAUUGACCGGGUGAAGGAAUUGUUGAAAGAGUAGUUGAAGAAAUGGGGAGAUCGGGAACCUGUCCCGAUGGAGAGCCCAUCUCACAGAUGUGCUCUGUACCCUUAACGAUGGGUCCGCUGGGAGAAUGGAAACCCCCUGGAUGUGCAUGGCUGCACCCAAUUUGCAAAUACAACCAUGGACAGUGAGACAGACCACCUGGGAAAUUGUUCUGGGUAUGAUGGCCCCAACAGGGCCAUCCCAGAGGCUGCAGGGCUGGGCCUUCGUGCACUGGAAUUAAUUAGAAUAAAUCAGAAGCAAAUGAGACCUAACAGUACAGGAACAGGAAUUCAGAUUCCUCCAGGACACUUUGGUUUGAUAACUGCUUGCUGGAGCUUGGCCUUACAAAGUGUUCAUGUCAUGGAAAGAGGAAUUGAUGCAGAUUAUCUAGGAGAAAUUUAAGUAAUUUGGUCAAGUAAUAGUGAACAAGAUUGAAUUAUUCAACCCCGUGGCGAGGUGGCACAGAUAUUGAUACUCCAGUUUUAACAACAGUUGUGAGAGAAGGAGAUCCACCUCAAAUCACCUCUGUUUGUGGAGAUAGAGGGUUUGGAUCCAGCAGUCCUGAUAAUGGAACCGGAGUGUGGGUCCAGAGCCAGCUGAAGGAACAGCUCUGGGGAAAGACAACACUGUUUGAAUCCUGAAACCUGGGCAGGAACGAUGGGAAUAUGUCCCUGCAGCCAAGUGUUCUGUGCCCGAACAAAUGGAUGUUACGGGAUAUGUGAGGUUAGGACUUCUGGUUCUUUUGGCACCAGUUUUUUUGGGUUAUUUUUUUAGAUGAGUGAAGUAGCUAAGAGUUGUUAAAGAUUAUUUAUUGCAGAAGUACAUUAGUUUCAAAAGGUAUAGUCACAGACAUUAACAUUCAUGUUAAGUUUUGGUAUAAAGUUCUAAAUAGAAGCAGAAGCUGCUCUUGUUAGGGUCCCGGGAAGCUGAUGUUGCUGCGGCAGCUUUUAUCUUCUUUUUGGGUGUUGAUGAUGACGGUGAAAGAGCAAAGUAAAGUAAAAGCAAAUGGCAGUGGCAAAAAGCAGUAAUUAAAAGCAAAAAGCCCUAGCUCUCCCCAAUGCAUGCUUUUAUAUAGAGUCUUUUUAACAAGCUAAGACACAAACUUGGACUACUACUUUUUAACGUAUUAGAGUUUUAGUUUUUUAACAUGCUAGGUUACGUAUAAACUACGCAUACAUAUUUUGUUCUAUUUGAAAAAUGUAAGCAAUAUUCUUACUAUAGCUCUGUUAUGUCUAAGCACUGUCUAAAACUAUGUUUCUGGAGUUUUUACGGAAAACAUUAGUAUGUUUUUCAACUUUUACUAGAACUUGCACUUUUACUUCAGCAUUUAAACCUUUUACUUACUAAAAGCAUUAGAGCUCAUACUAAAACUUGCUUGCUGACUUACUUAUCCUAAAACUUAAACUUACACCUUUACUUUAUGCGUGAGUGGCUUAAUAUACUUUAAUCCACUCAAAAGCUUUAAUUUAAUCCCUGCAAUCUGAUUUCUUCCCGAAGAAUUCAAAGAGACCCCCGACUCACUGACUCCAGCAGGGAUAUUGUUACAGAUUCUGCCUGACCAAAUCUCCCUGCUUGCCCCAAUGGCCCCUUUGGAAAAUGCUCUGAAUCCACGGGGCUCCAUGUGAAGGCUGAUGUGACACUGAGGGAUUUCCACACAAAUUCCAACCAGGAGCCUGGGUGCCCUCAGGGACUGGGACCUGGCACCUCUCCAGCCAGAGGGGAAAGGACCCCAAGGAAGGGACCAAGCCUUGUCACCCACAGACAGUGCAAUAAAUCUGAACAGCAAAGGACCUUGGAGGCAUUAUUCUGGAAUUAAAAAGGUGCCAGCUCCAUGGACAACAGAAUUAUUGCUCCUAACCCAAAUGAGAUUGAGGAUAAAGAACGAAUAACCUUGUUGCUAAAGUACCGCUUAUGUCUGUAAAUUGUAUCUUGAGAGUCAGCCAGAAUCUUUGUUUGCCAGAAACCCCUCUAGAGUUUCACCAAGGAAUUAGUCAUGAAAUUCUUACGAAAUUUUAAGGCUCAAAGCAACCAAAACACUCAAUGUAACUAAUGGCUGGAAGCGUUCUCAACUGAUGUUGGGAGGCAUGGGGUUUCGUUGGAGGGCCCACCCUGUGGGGUGGUCAGAACUCCGUCAGUGGGUUCUGACUCCUAACGGAGCCAGUGCAGGGACAGUUACAGGAAACGGUGCUGUGGAACAAAGGAAUACAUUAAGAGUUUUAUAGGAUUCACUAAUAUUUCCCUUCAGGAGAAACCAAACCCUGUUACAGUUAGAGGCCACAAUGUGAAAGGAUUUCUGUGCUUUACCAUCACUCCCAAUGUCAAUAGAACUCAGGGUGCUGGAGCUGGUCAGGGUCAGUGUUACAGCACUCCUCGAUGCAGGGCCAUAAUGAAACUCCUCUGGCCCAAAGGCACUGGGGAUACCACAGGAGCACAGGGAGGAGCCAUGGAUCCAUCAGCAGCCCACAGUGGGAAACAGGAAAUCAGACCUUUGGUGCUGGGAAUGGGAGCUGCUGGGUGUGUGGAGACUGCCUAUAAAUGACUUCUUAAAGGAUGGUUUGGGUCCUGUUUCCAGGCAAUAUUGAUGCCUCCCUUGAGGGUACUUUGGCAACAAGCACUAGGAAGAGUUGGGGCCAAGAGAACAUUUUCCACCCAAGGGGUGCCUUUGAUUUCAGAAAGCCAAAGAUUCAGGUUCACCCUGUGCCCCAUGUGCGCUACCUCAUCCUGUGGAGUUUACAUUAAUGAGCUAAAUCAAUUAUCAGAAGAAGUAAAAAGUGAUGCUAUUAAAAUAUUCAAUAGCACCUCCUCUGGACUCCAACAAACACAAAUUUGAGCUCUACAGAACCACAUGGCCUUGGAUUCUGUGCUUGCUGGCCAGGGAGGAGCCUGUGCUGUUCUAGGAGAGGAAUGUUGCAGGAAUGUCUAUCAGUGCUGUGUUUGAAGUCCAACAGUCAGGCGUCACCUCGAUAGAAACAGCAGCAGAGGAGUGGCAGAAAGAAGAAAAUUCUUCAUGGUGGGAUUGGCUUCCAAAUUGGAGGCUGCUGUGAAAUGAGUUCGUUGCAGUCACUGUAAUUAUUGCAGUGUGAGCACUUGGUGUGUUAUGGUUCCAUGUUAGAAUUGUUGUGACACUUUGUGUUUCUUGAGACACAGUCUCAAGAAAAAAGGGGGAUUUGAUGAAGAACGUAGAGAAUAGCAACCAAUUUGGCAUGUUUUAAAAGGAAUGUGAAUUUUAGCUAUGAGUAAUGAACUUGAACAGCACUUAAUUGAAGAACAAGAACGAGAACAUAUGCCUUUAUGCCUAAUACCUAAAUGUAAGGUUCUAUUAUGGAAAGAAUUGCUUUGAAGUUUGUAGUUCAUCUCUAGGUCAAAGGCCUGAGUGAAAUACUGAGGCCUGAACACCAGGCCCUGAGCCAAAGCUGGCCCUGAGCCAAAGCUGGCCUCUAGAUGAACCUUCUAACCAAAUGUUAUAUUUGUAUCUGCUCAUUAAUGAAGCUUUGUUAGCAAUAUGAUCUCUGUAUGUGUGCAUUGGUGAAACAUGGAUUUAUCUUUCUGUAUUUAGAAACCAGACGAGGCCACAUCUGGCUUUGUUUGGGCAUGUAUGGUCAAAGUCACCUCCCUUGGUUCCUCCGUGAGCCCUGGCCAGGCUUUGGGAGAAACCAAAUUGAGAAUGAAACCAGGUGUUCCCACACUAGAAGUGAUGUCAGCUUGUUUGUUUAACAGUGUAGAAGCCGGGCCCUCUCACAGCGAGGUUGGAGCCUGCAAAGGUGGGUGCACCUACAGGAACUCCCAGUGUCCUGGGGUGGCUCUCCAGUCCUUGGCUGUGACAGCUUCCCCCAGCUGUGUGCAUCUGGGUGCUGGUAAAGUCUGAGGGUAACUGGUGCUGUCUCUUUCUUAAUAACUACAGGCAAUCUUUGGUAAUGAUGACUGGGUGCAUUGCUGAGCUUCUCCUUUUGUAAUCAUUUUCUAGUGAUUAUGUGCUUUGCUGAGCUGCUCCUUUUGUAAUUCUUUGCACUUUUGCAUUAUAUAAAUUACUCUGUUCCUUAA